UCUGAUGGCUCCAAAAACAAAAACAAAAAAAGUUCCACCAAUUUCUCCCCUCCCUUUACCUCCGUCUACCGCACCACGGCCAAGCCAAAUGCGAAUUUAAAAACACUGAACGAGAAUUCCCACAACUAACCAGCAUUCCCUCCGGAGCGCAAUCAACCAGAGUUCCGCACCCGAACACCAUCGGACGUCCGGUCAUGUGGCGACGAAGCUUCAGCACCGGCGCGGCCGCCUCUCGCGCACUAACCGGUAAGAAAUUUGACGCUCUGGUGAUCGGAGGCGGCCACAACGGCUUGACUGCCGCUGCCUACCUUGCUCGAGCAGGCCUCUCCGUCGCCGUGCUGGAGCGCCGUCACGUGCUCGGCGGCGCCGCCGUUACGGAAGAGAUCAUUCCAGGAUUUAAAUUCUCUCGCUGCAGUUACCUCCAGAGCCUCCUCCGGCCUUCCGUCAUCAAAGAGUUGGAGCUGAAGAGACAUGGAUUGAAGUUGCUACGAAGAAGCCCGUCAUCGUUCACGCCUUGUGUGGAUGGACGCUAUCUUCUGUUGGGACCUGAUAAGGAGCUCAAUCGCUCUGAAAUCUCCAAGUUCUCUAGUCGCGACGCGGAAGCUUAUCCAAGAUAUGAGAGCCAACUUGAAAGGUUCUGUGAGUUCAUGGAUCCACUCUUGGACGCACCUCCUCCAGAAUCUCUGCAGAAUACUUCAUCAAUCGCUGAUCGAUUGAAGGACAAAUUGCACAAAUCCGCUUACUGGACUCGUUUCUUGCGGAGCGGUCUCUCCUUGGGGCAAAAGGAUUUAGUCGAUUUCAUGGACCUGCUGCUGGCCCCGGCUUCAAAAGUUCUAAAUAACUGGUUUGAGGCUGAGGUUCUAAAGGCGACUUUGGGAACGGAUGCUAUUAUAGGUACUACGGGUAGUGUCCACACACCAGGAAGUGGAUAUGUUCUGCUACAUCAUGUGAUGGGAGAGACCGAUGGGGAUCGUGGAGUUUGGUCGUAUGUUGAAGGAGGAAUGGGUUCAGUAUCCCUUGCUAUAAGUAAAGCUGCUAAGGAAGCUGGCGCUCAUAUUUUGACAAAUGCAGAGGUUUCACAAUUAAUCGUCAACGACUCUGGUGCAACUAGUGGGGUGGUGCUGGCUGAUGGUACAGAAAUACUCUCUUCAAUGGUUCUUUCAAAUGCUACGCCUUACAAGACCUUCAUGGAAUUAGUGCCCAACAAUGUUCUUCCAGAUGAAUUUACCAGUAAUUUGAAGCAUUCUGACUAUAGCUCUGUAAGCAUACCACUUGGGUAAUUUUAGGUUGUUCUGGAGGCUUGUAUAUUCCUGCCUUUUUUAUUUGGACUCUCUUAUUUGGUGUUCCCACAAACUGAUAAGGCAACUACAAAAAUAAACCUGGCUGUUGAUGAACUACCCAAGUUUGAAAGUUGCAAGUUGAGCCAUCCUGAUGCAGGGCCUCAACAUAUGGGCACUAUUCAUAUUGGUUCAGAGAGAAUGGAAGAGAUAGAUUCAGCCUGCCAGGAUGCUGUGAAUGGAAUACCAUCCAGAAGACCAGUUAUUGAGAUGACAAUUCCUUCUGUUCUAGACAAAACCAUUUCUCCUCCUGGUAAACACGUCAUCAACUUAUUCGUACAAUACACCCCCUAUAAGCCAUCAGAUGGAAGCUGGUCAGAUCCUGCUUACCGGGAGUCUUUUGCACAAAGAUGCUUCAGCUUGAUCGACGAAUUUGCACCUGGCUUCAGCUCAUCAAUAAUCGGCUAUGACAUGUUGACACCACCUGAUCUCGAAAGAGAAAUCGGUCUGACAGGGGGUAACAUAUUUCACGGAGCAAUGGGGUUGGAUUCUCUCUUCCUUAUGCGACCGGUGAAAGGAUGGUCAAGCUACAGAACUCCUGUCCAGGGCUUGUACCUAUGCGGCAGUGGAACCCACCCAGGCGGCGGCGUGAUGGGGGCACCUGGACGUAACGCCGCCAACGUCGUUCUUCAGGACUUCAAGAGACGAUGAAAGAAACGGAAUUCCUCCGUUCUCGUACAAGGAAUUCCUCCUUCCAAAAUGCCCUUUCCAGUGUUGCAUUUACAGUUCCAGAAUCCAAGACUUCAACGGAAGAACUGUGGUUCUAUAUCUCCCCUCUUGUGUACGGUCGUGAGGAUUCUCCUGUUGCUUUGAGUGGAAAUUACUCUGGAAUUUGAACAUCGCCUCAAUUUACGUACUAUGAGUGAAGUCGUCCAAAGAACAUAACCUAUUUCGCACCUUGUGUAACAUCACAAUGCAGGCUAAGUACAGGGCCAGCUGUAUAGGAUAAGUUAACUCACUCAUGAACAUGUAAAACACAAACCAAAACCAAGCCAUGGAAUAGCAGUAAAUUAACUAACGGGGAUAACAAGCUCAACGGUUGAGGGCAGUCUAGAUUUCAACAUCUGAAUGCACUCGACUGCAACUUCAGCUUGCACUCUCGGGGCUUUAAAUAUGCGUCCAGUACUAGUGCAUGUGCGACUAUCGAGAAUCAAUUUCUCAAGCGUCACAAAGUUCCGCAGCGCAUAGUCCAGGAACCAACGCCCUGUAUGGGUAGCUGCGCUACCAGCAAACCCGCUAACCUCCACCACUUUGAUGCUCUCCCUGUGCAUCUCCUCCAUCUCACUCCCACCCCAAAUGCGGCAGGAGCUAUCCUUUUCUUCGUCGGUGUCCAUCCGAACCGACAGUUGGUACAAUGAAGGACAAGCAUUUAUCACGGGGAGCAGACCACGAAUCUCGUUCCUAUCGGAACCGAGCACAUAAACAGUCAGCUGCUUAAGAGACGUCAACUCCUCAAUCGACCUGGGAAACUUGGCUUUACGCGCGUCAAACAUAAAAGUGAGGGUCUCCAGCCGUGCAAACUUUGCUCGAGGAAGGAAAACAGGACCUGGAUCAAUCAUGUUGUACAAGUCCAAUCCGGUAAGCGACGAUAUAUUUUCCAUUCGAAGAUUAAUGCCAUCUGGAAACCGACCAUCCAACUUGAAGUAGGUGAGAUUAGGCGCAUCGAUUUCAAUCUCCUUUAGAUUCUUACAAUGGGCUACUUCCAAGUGCUUCAACGGCAGUGGUGACGACAAGCCAGCAGCAACUUUAAACCUUACUAAACCAUGGGAAUGUUGGACGGCUAACUUCUCCAGUAGAGGACAAUUGCAAAGGAAAUGCUCAAGGAUCUCAUCGCUCACAUCAACGAAAGCCAAACACAAGGACUGAAGGAACCGAAUAUCCGAUAAACCCUCAGAGGUUUUCAUAUGUUUGAAACAGCGUUCCGAGAAAAUAUAGCACCCUGAAGCAUCCCAACUUGCAUCACCAUACCGUUCAAAGUCCAGCUUGAGCUUCUGAACUCUUUUUGAGAUUGCAAAGUCCAACCACCUAUCGAUGUCACCAUUUGCAUUGGAUUCAUUAUGAAUGUUGAAACAGACGUGAAAGUUGUUCACUUUCCGACCCUGGUAGUGUGUCAAGACCCUAUUAACCCAUUCAAUGUACCUCCUCCUUCCGAAAAGCACGGGCUCCAUAUCCCCCGAAUUCCAAUAAUUUUCCCAGAUGCACUGCCUCACCUUUGGAACAUCGAAGUCCAAGUUUGGAACAAAUUUCCACAAAUCAACCCAAGUCCCGGAGAGGAUUGAUGUCCUAGCUGCUUCUUUUAAGGUCAGGCGGGACAGAAUCUCCACAAGAAGCGCAUGGGGCAAUGUGCUAAUAUGAUCCAUGGAAAUAGCUUCCUCUUUAACCUUCUCCGAGCUACAAACGUUGUUGGGUGGAUCAAAUCUGUACAUCAGAGCACGGUUUGAUGGAGGCAUCCUUGGACAAGAAACUGAGAACCACACCACGCAAGAUGAUAUGAAAAGCCAGAAACUUUCAACAAGAAUCGCUCCGACUUGCCUCUCGCUGACCCGAGCCGCUAAAUCCUUCGAUGGAGCAGAUCCCGCAGUCCCUCACUUAGAUAAAAUAUAGGAACUCGUAGGGCGGUAGAGUUGAAUGGUUACGGUUUGUGAAUAUGCUUUUUUCCAUAUCUUAUCUGGAGAAGGAUUUGCUCUCACUACCGCCGCCGCCCGCCCGCCUAGCUCUGUGUUUUCAACUUUCCCUCUCUCCUCUGCCAUCUCCCUAGAUUUGUCAUGUAUGAUACAAACCUGCUUCGGAGUUCAUAGAUUAGAAGGUCUACUGGCUGAAUCGCCAAAAUCA